CCAAUCAGCAGUCGCGUGUCUGAAUUUGAACGUCAACCUUCCACAGACCAAAUCAGACUUUGUUUUUCCUCCCUUCCUACCGCAUUUUCGGAAAUUGUUCACGUCUUUCGUUUCAGAGAAACAAGCAGGCUAAAGAAAUAAUCGUGACUUAUUUUCCCCGGUAGGUUCGCCGCGCUUUUUCUGUCCUGCGUAAACGUCGCUGUUGCUAAAACUAGCCGUGAGUGCAGACAAACCGCUGUGCGUGGGGUUGCUUAGCUAGCAGUAGCUCUUAUUAUGUUGAGCUGCCGACGACCUGAAUAAGGGAACGUGCUUCGGAAAAUCCACACCGGGUGCUGAGCCAUGAGAGAGAGGGAGAGAGCCCAGAAGAAGUCCUUCCAGCAGAGUCUGGAGGACAUCAAGGAGAGGAUGAAGGAGAAGAGGAACAAACGGCUGGCUAACGCCGCAGCUCCAGGCAGGGGCCGCUCCAGAAUGAUAAACAAGAUCGCCGCGCCCAGUCCUGCAAACAACAUCCUUAAAGGUGUGCAGCAGAACAACAAGGCGCUGGCCAUGGCCCUGGAGGCUGAGAAGGAGAAGGUGAGGCAGGCCAACGCAGUGAUCCUGCAGCUGAAGAGAGAGCAGCAAGCCCUGUUCCUUCACCUGCUUCUCCUCAAGAAAAAGCUGAAAGAGCAGGAAGCGUUGGCAGCAAGUGCCUCACAGGUACACUCUCAGACUAGAUCAACAAGGAUCCAAGAGGAAAUCCCAAACCAUGUAAAUUUUUCAAGGGGGAAGCGACGCAGCCAGCAGCUUGAUUCGCUCAUUAUGUGUGAUGCUUCACCCAUCUGUGCAGGCUCCCCGCCGUCUAAAACCAGCGGACUCGGUAACGUUGACAAAGAGGUUCCGCUGCCAUCCACGGUGGGCGUGAGGCGUCGUCUCACCGACAGGAGAAAGAGGACACGCUCUGAGCGCGUGCAAGAACAAACCCCACUGAGCAACGCGGACCCGGUGGUAGACCCCGGGCCUGUGAUCCCAAGCCCCAUUCGCAGUGACAGCAGACCUCUGAAUCAGAACCAGCAAGGAGCAGAACCAGAGGCAGCAGAUGCCGCUGACGCCGAGGAGCUGCUUCACUCCACUCCUGAGCCAGCGCGCGCUAAGAAAUCACACCCGCAACCCAGCAGGAAACAAACCCAGCAGCAGCCUCAGUCCAAACCCGUGCCGACUUCACGGAAACCCGACAGAGGCCGCAAAGCCGACCGCGUCCCGUUGAAGAAACCUUGGGAGAACCCCAAGCCCAGGGCCCGCUCAAAGAGUCGGGAGCGCUCGGCCACACGGGGCAAAGCGGCCGCCCCGCUGCAGAGCAACAAGCUAAACUCCUCGCUGGGAUGCAACGACACGUUUGACUUUGACUGCGAAGAAACUGUCCACGUUACGCCCUUCAGGGCCAAAGCGGAGGAGAGUAAGCCAGCGACACCCGUCAACGAAGAGACGCCCGCCCAAGUCGCUGCAGCUGUCGCUCAGUCCAGCUCAUCACCGUCGCCGUCGUCCGACUCGGAGGGCAGCUUCUACGUCCCUGAGAAGAGAAAGCGCAGAUGCUCUCCCGUCAAAGCCAAAGUCAUCAACACUCGCAGAGGCCGGCGCUCACAGGUCGUCAGGAAGAAGGAAAACGUCCCUCCAACUCCAGAAAUCUCUGUUUUCAGGGAUGAAGAGUCAGACUUGAAGGUCCCAGAAUCUGGGAAGGGUGAAGAUGAUCUUCAUCAGUCUCCUGACCUUGGCUUCCUAAACAGCCGAGAUCCUGUUGGGCUGGGACAAGAAAACUACCAGAAGCCUCUGAGGGACGCAAUGAAGGGCUGUUUCCCUACUAUCAGCCCUCUGGUUGAUGCCGAGAUGAUGAAAAUAGACACCGUCCUGUCAAAUUUUGGAGAAGCCUCUCAUGAAGGUUCUUUUUUAACAAGCAAAACACCAAGCUUUGAACCUCACAAGAAACGUGGGGUUGGUGUAAGGUCAGCAGGGUGGGGCUUGAGUCUGUGUGAUGUGACCAAUAUGUCCUCCGCAGCCUACCGUAACUUCUGCCACGGCCCACGCCGCUCCGACGCUCGCAAACGCCGCUGCACCAUGUCCGUCGACUACAAGGAACCGUCAUUAAAUUCAAAGCUUCGCCGCGGGGACAAGUUUACUGACCUGCAGUUCCUCCGCUCUCCGGUUUUCAAACAGAAGCCUGGCAGGAAGUCCGUGCAGAAAUCCAGGAAGUCUUGCAGCCAGCAGCCGUUUGAAAAGUACAACGAAUCUUUUGUUGGAUGUCACUGAAGUCGUCUUUGACACCAGUUUCCUUAAGAUUCUCAUUUUUUUGUGUCCUGAGUUUUUUUUCUUUUUGGAGCGUGACUGUGAUCAGUUUGUUUUAAAUUCCUCUUUUCUUUAUAUUUGUCUACUUUAAAUGUAGCAGGAUUCAAAUAUGGUGAAAUACUUUUUACUUACCGGUGUUUUAAAUGUACUAUAAAAAGACAUAACAUCUGUGUAGUUAAUUCCUUAUCGUACUGUAAUGUGAAAAGUUUUUUGCAACUUAAAUGAUUGAAGUAAAGAACACAAACGCAGAAAACACCAAAUUAGCCUCGCAUUUGUUUUAUUUAGUCUACAAAAUAGGCUAAUUCUAGGUCAAUAAAACCAAUUGUACAAAGAGCAUGAAAUAUAUUUUUUUACAGACAUAUUACAAAAGGUUAUUUUUCCUAAACUUUGGAAAGUACAAACACCUUUUUACAAAACAGCAAAACUACAUUGUAUUGCACAAUCUUUUCAUUUAUCUCCAGAGUAUAAAGUUAUCAAUCUCCAUCUGCAGGACAAAAAAAAAAAAAGAAAUAAGAUAAUAAAUUAAGACCUUGUCUUAAACAUAAUUCUUCUGAAUUUAAAGCACAUAAAUAAGAAUAAACUCUAGAUAAUUAAAGUAGUUCUGAGUUGACAGUGUAAUCCAUAAGUAGAAGAAAGAAGGACAAGAGGCUAAAAUUCAUGUUAAUACUUUGGGGAAAAAGUGCAUUUUGAUAGUCGGAACUGCCCUUUGUGGGUUAAUGGGGGGGGAAAAUGUACUUUAGGGAUAUAUAUUUAAAAUAUACAUUGGGCAUAAGUGCUUCAAAAUGAUUAAAAUAUGUACAAAAUUUAAAGGUUCUAGUCCUCUUUUGGCAGGAUGAACUCAUCGCACACAAACCUGAGCUGCAGCGCUGUUCAUGCUCAUAACUACAGAGUAGGACAGGAGAGCUUCAGCUCGUUUUGCUCACAGGUAACAGUUAUUCUCAAAGACUCGACCCAUCGAACAUUUGGCUCCUUCACAUGACAACCUGAGUCAAAUGAGAGCAAAAGGCAAACACUAAGAGGCUGUGUAAAAAAA